GUGAUAGAUUUCGGUUCCAGUUGCUACGAGAAUCAACGGGUAUACACUUACAUUCAGAGUCGCUUCUACCGAGCACCAGAAGUGAUAUUAGGCGCAAGAUAUGGGAUGCCGAUCGACAUGUGGAGCCUCGGCUGCAUUCUGGCAGAAUUGUUCACCGGUUUUCCACUGUUACCAGGCGAAGACGAGGCAGACCAACUGGCGUGCAUCAUCGAAAUGCUAGGCAUGCCGCCACAACGAUUGCUGCAAAACUCGAAACGGUCGCGUCAGUUCAUCAGCUCGAAGGGCUACCCGAAGUACUGCACCGCGACGGCAAUGCCGGACGGUACGACAGUGCUAAGCGGGGGUCUCUCGAGACGAGGGAAGCUGCGCGGCCCGCCGGGCUCGCACGAUCUCGAGCGCGCCCUGAAGGGUUGCGACGAUGUGUUGUUCCUGGACUUUCUCAGGCGUUGCCUCGUAUGGGAACCGGAAUGUCGAAUGACACCGAACAAAGCAUUAAGGCAUCCGUGGCUACGCCGUCGAUUACCGAGGCCACCGGGCGACAAGAACGACACGCUACCGGCGGUGACAUCGGCGCAACCCGCGACCACCGGCGGCGGUCCCACUCUGAGAACAUCCGCAUCCGGCAGCAGGAGUUCCAGCAAGACUAACAGUCUACAGAGUAGCAAUAACACCAGCGACGACAUCUCGACGAGUAAAACAACGGGUCAGACGAGAGGGAACCGUUUAGUAGAGGACAUGGUGUCGGCUUACGCGGGUUACUCGUACAAUACGUCCCAAUUACACGGCGGUACUUGGGGCACAACGGGGGGAUUAAGCAGCGGCCACCAAUCACUGAACUCCAUUAGCGGGACUGGUGGCGGCGGUGGCGGUGGUGGCAGGAGCUCCUCUAGCAAGACUAACAGUUUGCAGGGCGGCAAUAACACCAGUGACGACAUCUCCGCGAAUAAGACGACAAGUCAGCAAAGGGGUAACCGUUUGGUCGAAGACGUGGUGUCCGCUUACGCGGGUUACUCGUCAGCGUACGGCGCGUCCCAGCUGCACGGCAGUACUUGGGGCACGACGGGGGGAUUGAGCAGCGGCCACCAGUCGCUCAAUUCCGUCAGUAGCAGGAGUUCCAGCAAGACGAACAAUCAGUUGCAGAGCGGUAACAAUGCGUCGAGCGGCGAUCUUUCCACGAGCAAGACCGAACGUCAGCAACAGAGAGAGCGCACAAGCGAGUUGCCGGUGACGAUCUUCGAUCCCUACCCACUCGGGUCUUACGGUUGUCUGUCCGAGUCCCAGUUGCACAGUAGUCAUCGAUCGAACCAGAGUAGCAGCCAUCAGUCGCUCAAUUCUGUCGACGGUGCGACGACCGGCAAGUCGCAACGCGCUCGUCAGACGCACCAGACGCAGCAGCAACAGCAGCAUAAUAACAAUGGCGCGUCGCACGACAGUUACGGCUCUCACGGCUCCUCGAGCAGCUCCAGCCGGUUGGUACUCUCGUUCCAGCCGGGGAUCCAGGAGAUCCUCGAGGAGUUGAGACGAUAGGUCAAGACGUGACGCCAGUCGUCCUUUUCUCCUCCCUUCGGCUCGCUCGCUCGCUCGCUGCCGUUUUAGGCAUUGCUACUGACGAGCGUUUCGUCACGAAACGGUCGCAUAACGUAAAGAUAAGGAUGAUCCGAUCUCGGUCACCUAAUAACGUGAAAUUCGGCUGUGUCUCGCUGCCUGCCGUUCGGGCGACGUCUGAGCUGCGCCGCCUCGACAUGGCGUCGAGGAAGGUUACUUGCGGUCGAAAGGGUGGGUGGCUGUCUUAUCAUCGAUCUCGGAUACUGCUGUGAUUCACGCGUCGCGUUUCUACGGUCGCCGUAGCUGAUUGUCGAUGAGGUUUGAAUCGGUUAUAAUUUGAUGAAAAGAGGCGAGAUCUAUUUUCUAUGAAAUACGCCGCUUUGCAGGUUGAAGGUAAAGCGUUCAUCUCCUAAAAUUCAAAAGCGAACGUCUAACGUUAUCGAUGGAAUUGAAGACGUUGUUCAAGAAUAAUCGUACGAGUCUAGAAAAAAAAAAGAUUGAGCGAAGGAAGGCUUAUUUUCACGGAUUUAUCACCAAUGUUAUAACUGAUUUCAUGCCUCACGCCUAGCCUAGCGUUACAAGGUCGAUUGCGUGAUAAACCUUGAUCAUACCUUCAGCCACGGCGACAUUGCCUCGCGUUGCUCUCUGGUCCGCUCGUUUCGGGAUUCAUUUCCGUUGCCAUUGCCUCCGCCGUGAAAAUAUGCGGUCGGCUUUUCAAUAAGAGACGAAUUUUUCUGCUAUGACAAUACCUUAAGAACUCUAGCAAAGCGUCAGAAAUCCGCGUAAAUAGGUAUAGAACGAUUCAACACGCGAUUGUGCAUCUUAAAACACUCGAGUCGUCGAGUCCUUUGCGGAACGUACAAUCAUGGAGUCAAAGGACUUUUUCUUCUUCUCGAAACGUGCCGGAAAUCGUGAGGACGAUCUCAACACUCGACAACGCGACUAUAUGAGCCACUCAUUCACCGCUCGGUUGUGUUUCGCCCUUUGUAAAAUUGGACUUUACAUUUUAUUCAAGAUGAACGACGAAAUAUGAAAUCCAAUUUUUCAGAUCUGUGUAACAAAUCGACUGAUUGACAAGGAUAGAAAAGGAAGUAUAGAAAAGUAUGUAAAUAUUAUUGUCAGCAUUAUCGCAAUGCACAUAAUAUGAAUCAUUUAUCCUUCCUCCGUUGGCGCGACAUAUUUUCUUCAACACAAUCGAUUUCAUCGGAGAUGAGACGACAGGCCGUGUCGGAUUAAUCGCAAACAGAAGUCAGCUGGAGUCUCAAAGGAAUCGUCUAUUGAUUUACAUUCACAUAAGUCUCGGUUCAUGAAUCAUGAUUAAUGCACGUCGAUCGUCUCUUACGAGCCGUCGACGAUGCGCGGGAGUAGUUCGAGCGACCUGGAGGUCAUUGUGCCAAGGGAAACCCGGGGAAACCGCGACGGUUCGAUAGGUCGUACAUGAUAUAGCACGUCAGAUAUAUCGUCGUGUCGCGAUGUCGCCGAUGAUGGCGGCGCAGAUAUAACGAUUCGCUCACAAUAAGCGCGAUGAAGAAGUAUACGACUGAAUAGAAUAAUUUGUCGCUGAUUUUGAAGACACUGUCGUCUCUCUGUGAUUGAAAGAAAAUAUACUGAAAUGAAUUUUUCCGUCAUCAAUACGUCCGAUUUGUUGCACACCCUUGGCAAAAACGCGGCAGCAAUUUGAAGCUCGUAAAUCGAGUCAAUUGAAUCGCUCAUGAAGAAGAACAUUGUAAAAAUGUGACGAUGCGAUCUUGUAUAGUUUGUAGCUUUUACGAAUUUUUUUUUUGUAAUUUUGUUUUGUAAAUUUUUUUGUACUGUAUGCGUUUAGAUAUGUGUUUAUAUAUAUAUUUGUUUUAAUCGAGUGGAACGGGACACGGUAUGCAAUUAUUAU